AUGGAAGAGACGAUCCAAACCAAGCGUCUUGCCUCGUAUACAGCACCUGCUGAAGUUUUUGAGGAUUUGGUGGACAGUGACGAUGAAACUGAUCCUUUUUUACAGCGGACUGGUGGUUCCCGUCGCAUCUUAGAUCGACAAAGUGAAUAUCAUGCUCGUAGAUUGAAUCGAGCUAUUUCACCAGAAAGAAGUGAUCCGUUCGCUGAAAAAGACAUUAAGGGUGAAUCACGAUCAUAUGCUGAUGUUAUGCGAGAAGCUGAGCUAGAGAGAGAAGAACUACGUAAAAAGCGACGUUGGGAUAUAGAAACGCCCAUGGAAAUGAAACAAACGUCCGAAUGGUCAAAGGCAGAUGAUGAAUCAUCUGUUGGAAAAAGUAGAUGGGAUGAAACUCCUAGAACAUCCGAAGACGUUGGAAUGGAUACUCCUCGUAAAAGAAGCAGAUGGGAUGUAACACCUCAGGUUUCGACCAAAAAAUCUCGCUGGGACGAAACACCCUCACAUCCAGCUGCCCAAAUUGGAGCUACUCCUGUUGGUAAUCUGGGACUACUUACCCCCACACCUGGUCAUUUAAUGCCUAUGACUCCGGAAGCUCAACGUUGGGAAAAAGAUUUAGAUGCACGUAAUAGGCCUCUUUCAGAUGAGGAACUUGAUGCAAUGUUCCCAACAACAGGUUACAAGGUGCUAGACCCACCAGCAGGAUAUGUUCCUAUUAGAACUCCCGCACGAAAAUUAAUGGCAACCCCAACCCCUUUGGCGAGUGAUGGUUUUGUGAUGUUAGAAGAAGAUAGGAUGCAAACUUAUGAUUUACCAGCUGAUAUUCCUGGUGUUGGCAAUUUGCCAUUCUUCAAACAAGAAGACAUGCAACAUUUUGGCAAAUUAUUAGAAGAUAAAGACGAAAGUGAAUUGUCUGUUGAAGAAUUGAAAGAACGCAAAAUUAUGCGUUUGCUUCUAAAAAUUAAGAAUGGAACUCCUCCAAUGAGAAAAACUGCACUUCGACAGAUUACAGAUAAAGCAAGAGAUUUUGGAGCAGGUCCUCUUUUCAAUCAAAUUCUUCCAUUGUUGAUGUCACAAAAUUUGGAAGAUCAAGAACGACAUUUGUUAGUUAAAGUUAUUGAUCGUAUAUUAUAUAAAUUGGAUGCACUUGUUCGUCCAUAUGUUCAUAAAAUUCUUGUGGUUAUUGAGCCACUUUUGAUCGACGAAGAUUAUUUUGCUCGUUGUGAGGGACGUGAAAUUAUAAGUAACCUUAGUAAAGCUGCCGGAUUACCAACGAUGAUAGCUACUAUGAGGCCAGAUAUCGAUCACGUAGAUGAAUAUGUCCGUAAUACAACUGCUCGUGCCUUCUCUGUGGUAGCUUCGGCACAUGGUAUUCCCGCUUUACUUCCAUUUUUAAAGGCUGUAUGCAAGAGUAAAAAAUCGUGGCAAGCAAGACACACUGGUAUCAAAAUUGUACAGCAAAUCGCUAUCUUGAUGGGUUGUGCCGUUUUACCUCAUCUUAAAAAUUUAGUAGAAGCUAUAGCUCACGGUCUGGAAGAUGAGCAACAGAAAGUGCGUACAAUCACUGCUUUAGCUAUAGCUGCUUUAGCCGAAGCUGCUGCACCAUACGGUAUCGAAUCUUUUGAUUCCGUUCUCAAGCCUCUUUGGACUGGUAUUCGAAAACAUCGUGGUAAAGGAUUGGCCGCCUUUUUAAAGGCUAUUGGAUAUAUCAUUCCACUCAUGGAUGCCGAAUAUGCCAAUUAUUACACAAAAGAGGUUAUGAUUAUUUUAAUCCGAGAAUUUCAAUCACCUGACGAAGAGAUGAAAAAAAUUGUUCUUAAGGUUGUAAAACAAUGUGCCGCUACUGAUGGUGUACAACCACAUUACAUCAAGGAAGAAAUUCUUCCCGAGUUUUUUAAAAAUUUCUGGGUUCGUAGAAUGGCUCUUGAUCGUCGUAAUUACCGUCAAGUUGUCGAAACAACGGUAGAAUUGGCACAAAAGGUUGGCGUAACAGAAAUUGUGGGUCGAAUUGUAGAAGAUCUGAAAGAUGAGUCAGAACCAUAUAGAAAAAUGGUUAUGGAAACGGUUGAAAAAGUUGUAAGUCAAUUAGGUGCCGCAGAUAUUGACACCCGUUUAGAAGAAGUAUUGAUUGAUGGUAUUUUAUAUGCUUUUCAAGAACAAACAGUAGAAGAUAUUGUAAUGUUGAAUGGUUUUGGUACUGUGGUCAAUGCUUUGGGCUUACGUGUUAAACCUUAUUUGCAACAAAUUACCUCUACCAUUCUAUGGCGCCUUAAUAACAAAUCUGCAAAAGUUCGGCAGCAAGCUGCUGACCUUAUUUCUCGUAUUGCAGUUGUUAUGAAAACUUGCGGGGAAGAAAAACUUAUGGGACAUCUUGGGGUUGUACUUUAUGAAUAUUUGGGAGAGGAAUACCCAGAAGUACUUGGUUCUAUUUUGGGAGGCCUUAAAUCGAUAGUUAAUGUAAUUGGUAUGUCCAGUAUGACACCUCCAAUAAAAGAUCUUCUUCCAAGACUCACACCUAUACUUAAAAAUAGACAUGAGAAAGUUCAAGAAUCAUGUAUUGAUCUUGUUGGUCGUAUAGCGGAUCGCGGUGCUGAAUUUGUCAGUGCUAGAGAAUGGAUGCGCAUCUGCUUUGAAUUGUUGGAUAUGCUUAAGGCUCACAAAAAAGGUAUACGUAGAGCUACUGUAAACACUUUUGGUUAUAUUGCGAAAGCAAUUGGUCCACAAGAUGUUUUAGCGACUUUAUUAAAUAAUUUAAAAGUACAAGAGAUGGGAAAAGAUUAUAUUUACGCCGUUACACCAUUAUUGGAAGAUGCAUUGAUGGACCGAGAUUUAGUGCACAGACAAACUGCUUGUACUACUGUAAAACAUAUGUCGCUUGGAGUUUUUGGAUUGGGAUGUGAAGAUGCUCUUCUUCAUUUGCUCAAUUAUGUUUGGCCUAAUAUUUUUGAAACUUCUCCUCACGUUAUUAAUGCCGUAAUGGAAGCUAUUGAAGGAUUGAGAGUUGCACUCGGUCCAACUACAGUAUUACAAUAUGUCUUACAGGGUUUAUUUCAUCCUGCACGAAAGGUUCGCGAGAUUUAUUGGAAGAUAUAUAAUAAUUUAUAUAUAGGUGCUCAAGACGCCUUGAUUCCUUAUUAUCCACGUAUAGAAGAUGAUGAAAGAAAUAAUUAUGAACGAUACGAACUGUCUAUGUGGCUAUAA